UAAAAGGAGUGAUGUGGCUUUACGGACUGCGAGAAAAAUCAUGAAAAAGUUAAAUUUUACUGGUUUUGUACAUAUUUACUGCCUUGUUUUAGUAUUAACUUUAACCAGAAGUAGUGCGAAAGAAUGUGGAGAUCCGGAUUGCAAGACUUCGAUUGCAACGGCCUACGCAACGCUAAAUUAUUUUGGCGGUGGCGAUCAGAAGGUAACACUUUCCACGAACGACAAAGUGGAAAUCCUGGGGAGAAAUAUAGGCAAGGAUAAAGAUUACCUGAUCAGAAAAGCAGAUGGUAAGGAAGGGUUGGCCAGCCGAAAAUUUCUGAAAGAAUUGAAGAUUUUGGUCAAAAAGGAUGAUCUUGUUUUGAUUCCGGAAAAUGAACCAACUAAAAUCAACCCUUCGCCAGCUGUUGAACCAAACGUGAUAGCUGGCACUACCCUUUUAAGUAAUCCGGAAAUUACCGAGAAGCACAUCACUAAUGAACAGCCACAGGCUAGUGAAAAAUCGCCGGAUCUAGAAAUUGUCCCUUCGGCAAACGUUAGUCCGCCAACAAAUAGUCUUCCCUCGGAGCCCAAUGAAGUACCUAAGGUAGAAAGUAGCGAUGCAAAAUCGAAUGAGACAGAGGAAGAAGAUGAUGAAGAUAAUGAGGUUGAUGAAGAGGCGGGGGUUGACGACGACGACGACGAAGAAGAAGAGGCUGAAGAAGAUGAAUCUGAGGAAGUUACAGGUGGAUCUAGUGAGCAGAUAGAGGAACAAACUGUUGAACAGACUGCCACUACACAGAGUUCUGAAUCAAAAAAUGAAACCGCUACUGAUGAUUUGAAGGCUAGUUUACCAGAAAAAACUGAACAACAAGCUGCUGAGAAGAUGCAGAGUUCAGAGUUAAAAAAUGCGACUGAUUCUGUUGAUUCCGAAUCAGGUUUACCAGAGCAAAUGAAAAAACAAACAGUUGAAAAUGCUGAACAAAUUGUGCAGGGCUUAGAAUCAAAAAGUGAAACUAUAUCGAUUGAUUCAGAAUCAAGCUUGUCGGAGGAAAAGAAAGAUGCGCCUGAAAUACAAUUGACAGAGGAAAAACAGUCAACAAUACAGUUAACAGAGGAACGAUCAGUCGAAGUGCCACUUGUCGUGAUGGCAGCUUCCGAACCGACCGUAUUUACUACCCAUACUCCUAUAGACGAAACAACGAAAGAAGCAGAGCAAAAUUCGAAUCACAUCAAUGAUACUGUUCUCGAAACAUCAACGGUAAACGAUUCGAUAACUGCCACAAUGGAAGAGAUUCCAACAAGAGAACAAUCUGAAAGCAUUGAGUUUUCAACAAAAACAGUUUCGGAAGCCGUAACUACCACGAUAGUUCCUGAUGAUCCGCGCCAAGAAAUUCCGGUAACAGAGGAACCAGAAUCGUCGACAGAGAUACCAGUGACCACUAAUACUAAUCAAGCUACACAAGAGCAGCUACCACGGCACGAGCCUGAUUUACCGAAACAACCUCAUCAGCUGCUACGUGGUGGAUUGGGCAAUUUGUUAGCUCAUUCGCAUCACCACCAUCAUCACGGAAAUGGUCAUCAUCAUCAUCACCAUGGUCAUGACCAUCAUCGACAUGAAGAAACUAGCCAAGAACAGAUUGAUGUGCAAGGUCAAACAGACGACGGUGCUUUCCUGGGGAGCCUUGUAGAUGGACAUACCCGUUCAGGCAUAGAAAACAAAGUUAUCGAUUCGCACGAGCAGCAAGAAGCUGCUCCCGAAAACGGAUACUGCGACCAACAAUCAUGCCCGCAGCCUAACCCGGCACAGCCACCAUCAGUCCAGCAGCACGCAAAUGGAUUCCAUCAUCCAAUGGUAGGCAACAAAAAUCCAUCGUCCGAUUCGAUGGCCUCCCAACAUGAAUCACCACCGGCGGAAGAUUCGGUUGUUUCAUCAUCAACGAUCCCCGAUGAACCGGAACAAGAUCAUAUUGACUAUGCUCAAAUGUUCAUUCUGGAGCUGUUCAAGCUGAGUGAUUUAAUUUUGCUGCUGGCAAUCACUUCCUUCACGCUAAUUGUGUUUUCGUUGGGACAUUAUUUAAUCAAUAAAAACCGGAAGGAGAAACCGUUGAUUUAUAAGCUAAACAUGAUUGAGAGGGAUCUGAUGGCCUCGCACAAGGAGAACGCAAUGCUGAAAAGUGAUCUGAUGGAAACCAGACACAAGCUGACCAGUAUCGAAAAUAAUUCAUUUGGAUCGAACGAUAUGGUUAUCGCACUUCGUCAGGAACUGGAAGAUGCCGAACAGACGAAGCUCGAGUUGCAGGAACAAAUAGCCUCACUGGAGAAGGAACUUGAAAAUGCUGCGGAGGCAGGGCUGGAAUUGAAUAAAAUGGUAGCGGAGUUGUUGAACCAAAGUGGUAGUGAUUCAAUUGCGCUUACGGUAGACGAACUGCAGCGGCAGUUAAAUGAACAGCAGCAAACGAUUCUGUCGAUGAACACUACACUGGCUGACAAAAGUCGGGAAAACAGCGAACUGCAAAUAGUUCUGUCCAAUCAAUCGACUAAAUUUGCUCAGGAACUGGAAGAUUUACAGCAGUCCUUCAACGAUUUGAAGCUUGAAAAGCAUAAUUUGGAAAUUGAACUGAAUAAUUUGAAGAGCGGUCAGAGUUCUCAGGUAGAAACUUUGCGCAAGGAAUCUAGCUCCGAAAUUAGUAAACUGAACAAGGAAGUUAAAUUGUUUCAAUCGAAGUGGGAAGAUAGCAAGAAGUCGCUAAAUGCGGCCGAAGCGAAGCUUGCGGCAAUGCAGGAGUGUUUGAACGACGUUAAACGGGGUACCAAUCUGGAUGGACUAAUCAAGCAUGUAGAUUUGAAGGCGGAGGUCACGGUAUUACAGAAGGAAAACUACAACCUACAGGACCGUCUGCAAGGAGAAAUUGUGGCUCGACAACUCUUGGACGAUCAUGUCAAAAUCGUUAACGAAGAAAUUUCCACAUUGAAGAAGGAUUAUAGCCAAGCAGAGAAGGAAAAACUGGAAUCCGAAACACGAUUGGAAGUACUUUCAACCUACUUCAAGGACAAGGAGACCCAAUUGCAAAAAGAACUGAGCAUAAAGGAAGCCAUGUGGAUGCAGCAGCAAGGUGAAACUACAAGUACCGUGGAGAGGAUUCGUACAAUGCAGGAUGAGAUACAGCAGUUAAACUCAGUUCAUUCGCUUAUUGAGCAGUACGAAGCACGAUCCCAAAACGACAAGUUACGUGUAGAAAUCGAAGCACAAACCACGGCCCAUAAAGCUCAGUACACGGCUUUGGAAACACGGUCUCACGAUGCAUGGCUUGCGGCCCGACAAGCCGAACGACGACUCGAAGAAGCUCGCAACGAAUCCAGCGCCUUGAGGCGUAAGCUGACAGCUCUCGGGGAUGUUUCCGCAACUAACCCAAUGACAGAUGGCAUGCUCCCAAACCCGGUUCCUCCGCCAGACCUAAACCACGCAGCCUCUUCACCAUUACGAGUGGAGUCUCCAAAUGCUCCCAUGAUGGGUCUUCCUCCACCUCCCUUCAUCCCGCCACCGUUCGGGCAACCGUUCCUCCCACCAUUCAUGCCUCCUCCGCUGCCAGGAGAGAUGCGUCCUGCUCCUCUUGGGCGACUUAUGUCUCCACCCCCGAAUCGGUACAGUCCUAACAUGAUCGACACACGUGACCGGUUUAGUCCAGAUCGUGGUCGAUACUCUCCGGACAGCCGAUAUGAUUAUUCUGUGAUGUCCAACUACGAAACGGAAACCGAUUUCAGUCCACCACCUUCACCUCCACCCCAUUCUCGGCGGUCCAACUAUGACCGCGAACGCGAUCAUCGAUCCGAUCGGGAUCGUGACCGUGAUCGGGACCGAGAUCAUGACCUGCGUGAUCGAGAGCGAGACAUAAGGGAACGAGAUGGUCGAACCAGUGGCAGUGGAGGAACUGGUGGAAAGUAUCCGAAAGCGUUUUCACCACCCGGAAUGAGGACCACCUCCCCGCCUAUCCAGGAUCCUAGGAAUAAAAAAUAUCAAGGAUAACUUCCAAUACUGGUGCAUGAUUUUAGAGGUGGUUUCAGUUCCGGCUCACAGGACUCGACCGCGACCCGAAAGAGCGGCAAACAGUAUACUAACGCAAAUAGGAAACCUUCGCCAUGAGCUGUAUUCUGUAUCGAGCUAAAUGUAAUAUAUGUUUGUGGAUUCAUUAGGCAUUUUCGUAGAGGAAUAAUGUGUUUCUUAAUCAUGCAGCAGUACAACACUUGUUAGUUAUUUUUACUUUUAUUCAGCAGGCAUUUAUGAAACAUUUCUUUUAACUAUUCUAUUGAGAAAUUCGAAAAUGUUAGCCAUGUUAGGGAACAAGUUCAAUUUUUGACGAUAGUCAACUUUACCGGAUUUCGCGAUUGAUCUUCUACUAUUGGUACGAAUUUAUGUUGAGCUAGGAUGGAAAUGUAACCGUUUCCUUUAUAUGAUUUAAUAUAGAGCGAAGAGAAGCAAAAUAGCUUGAGCACGUUUUGGUUAACUAAAUAUUAAAGUGAUCCCUAUUUAUAUGAAAA